ACAGAGGUGGAGGGGUGGAGUCCGAAACACCAAAUAAAUCCCCACCUGUCGCCGCGGCCGGCCACCGCGAUUCACUGCCGCCGUCCGCCGGAGAUCGGACGGCUGCCCCUGCCCCGACGCCGUCUCUCGCGAGCCAGUGCUGCCGCCUCGUCCUCGUCGUCGCCGUUGUCGCCUUCCUCUUCUUCCGCCCCUAGCUUCCCCGGGAGGAGGCGGCCGAGUCGCCAUGGAGGCCUACAAGGUCUGGGUGCGGAAGAACCGGGACCUCGUCCGCUCCCUCGAGUCCCUCGCCAACGGGGUGACGUGGAUACUUCCUGAGCGCUUCGCUAACUCCGAGAUCGCCCCGGAAGCAGGUGAUGCAAGUCUUUCAAUAGGAGUAACAUUUAGUCCCACUCCACGUUUUUUUGGUCUGAAUCUUCUAUCAUCGGUUGUAUAUGCACUUCUGGGCAUUGUAAGUUCUGUCAACCAGCAUAUAAUUGAGACACCAAAUGAUGGUCACUCACUGGCCUCCAAGGAACAAUCUAUCCCAUGGGCUCUUGUUGUAUCCAUACUGAAGGAUGUGGAAGCAGUUGUUGAAGUUGCUGCCCAGCACUUUGUUGGAGAUGAUCGCAAAUGGGGCUUCCUUGCUGUUACAGAAGCAGUGAAAGCAUGUGUCAGGUUAGCCGCUUUCAGGGAGAGUGGCUACAGGAUGCUCUUACAAGGAGGGGAGGUGGAAAACGAAGAGGAGGAUGUUCUUGAAGACAAUCAGGGAGUCAAGACUAAUGGAGUGCCAGUAAUCUAUCCGGUUAAUGGACAUUCCCAAAAUGGCCAUUGGAUUACGACUGAUGGUCCGGAUGGAAAACCUGGAAUUAUAUCUAAGAGUCUGGAGGGAAGAGCAGUAGCUGCUUUAAACAGGUUUGGUCAGAAUGCAAAGAUGUUGUCAGAUCCCACGUGGAUGAGCAGGCUCCAACCUUCUCCUGUUCCUCCUGCAGUGAUGGAGAUUGAGAAGCCAACUUUCGCAACCAUUUGGUCUUCUAAAGGGGUUUCUGGGCGCUUAUUCAUGUUAGGGGAGGCCGUCCACAUAUUCAGACCACUUGUAUACGUACUCUUGAUUAGAAAGUUUGGCAUCAAAUCUUGGACCCCGUGGUUGGUCUCACUAGCUGUGGAGCUCACAAGCCUUGGCAUUCAUUCGCAUGCAACAGAUCUGAAUCAUAGAGCUGGGAAAGUUCAUCAGCUCUCGUCUGCUGAGAGGGAUGAGUUGAAAAGGCGAAAAAUGAUGUGGGCACUUUAUGUCAUGAGAGAUCCGUUCUUUGCCAGCUACACCAGGCGUCAUCUUGAGAAGGCUGAGAAAGCGCUGAAUCCAGUGCCGCUUAUCGGUUUCAUCACAGGUAAACUUGUGGAAUUAUUGGAGGGGGCUCAGUCGCGGUAUACAUAUACAUCAGGCUCGUAGAUGAGGAUUGGGAUAGAUUUACCUGCUUCUGCUGGAGAGCUUCCUUGCUGAUCUGCCAUACUGGACUUUUGCUGGUUGCUGGAUUUUGUUUUCAGUAGAUGAGGAUUUGAGCGAACCCCUGUCUGUGCUUUGCCAUUUCGUGGCCAGAUCUGGCAUCGCUGUCUCAAGACCUUGGCUGAUAAGUUGCAGGCACAUAACCUCACCCCUGGUGGCAGCUGGGAAUGUAAUUAUACAGUAUAUCGGUCUAAUGUCAUGAAUAGGCAUGCAAGCAUUACCGUUA